AUGGAGAAAAAAAUUGCUAAACUUUGGAAGCUCCCCUCAGAGUUUGAAGUCUUCAACAACAAUGCUAAAAGCAAAAGGAAAAAGACAAAAUGGUUAGCCCCAAAACCCCAUUGUCACAAAUAUAACUUUGAUGGGUCUGCCCAAAAUAUCUGCCAAGGUGGAGCUAUAAUCAUUCGUGACCACUUGGGGAAUAUUGUGGCAGCCUAUGUGGGCAACCCAAAGAACCAUACAGUCACCCAGGCAAAGGGAAUGGCUCUACUAUGGGGUCUGAGAUUUGCCAAAUCCAUUGGCAUUAAACAUCUAGAAAUUGAAGGUGACUCACAGAUCAUUGUGGAAAUGGUGAGUGGUAGAUCUGCUUCUGGGUGGCAAGUCGAUCCCAUUUUGAGGGAUGCCAGGAUGCUUAUGGCUAACCUCGAUGGCUUCACCAUCUGA